AUGACGUCAUGUGACUUCUACCGUAGUAACAAUAUAUCAGACAUCAUCCUGUUCGCCGAUAAGUGAUCCUGUACAUUCCCACACCGUAGUAUCUCGUGAAGUCGACGCGAGGUUGUACCCCAGGCGAAAAUGGAUGUCCUGCCCUUCCUACUCGUCGAGGAGGCCAUCAAGAAAAACAAAGCUUCUGUGAAGUUACAGGAAUAUGUUGCCCUGAUGGUAUGGGAGCGAGCACGUGUGGAGCAGACCUACAUCAAGAACCUCAAUGGGUGGGCGGACAAAAUAGUAAAGGAGGGCAAAGAUUUCCGGGACAAUGAGGUGUUCCAGAUGAUAGCCGACAUUUUGCCCGGAGAGGCUGAACUGACCGCCGCUGCCCAUCAGCGCGUGUACAACCAAAUCUUAGAGGACAGUGGGCCUUACAACAUCCUAUAUAGGGACAUGGGAUUGACGGAAGGAAUCUUCCAUCGGAACUGCCGAGGGGUCGCGGGUAUCGAGGAAGACUUCGUCAAGGACAACAGGAAUAGGGUUAAUUUGGAGUCGGUGCAUUCCCAUAGGAAGAAGGCAAUGCAGGAUUGUAAGGUAAAAUUGGACCUGCUCGAGUCACAGAUGACCUCCAGAAGUCGUCUGGCCACUAGACGGUCAUCGAAGGGGCGCCGAGUGGACAGUCUGAUGAACAAGAUGAUAGACCAGAAGCGCAAGCAUGACUUGGAAGAGGAGGGGUCAGAGGUAGCAGAACGGGAACUCGAGUCACUUUGUCAAGGCAAAAAAAUGACACUUCUAGAAAUGUUGAAGGAUUUAAAUGUGUUGGAAAAAGAUAGAGUUCGGCUAAUGUUUGCACAGCUUAUAGAAUUCAUGACCAGACUUCGUCAUAUCGAGAUGCCGGAAGAGAGCGCCACUAGACGGCGCGCGAUGGAUGACAUGCUGAAGGCGCUGUCUAACGUGGAUGCGCUCAGUGUGGCCGACGCCGCCUGGCAGAAGAUGGAGCGAGCUGCAAAGGCCCGCAAAGUUGGGACCGUCUUUUCCCUACAGGAUCUGAUAACCCCGAGUGCGAUUCCUGGCAAUGUUCGGCCAUCAAUGGCCCCGUCUCUCGUGCGGACGUCACCCUCCGGGACCCCUGGUAUUGUCUUGCCCCCCGCCGGUGGAACACCAAUUCCUCCUAGUGAUGCUAGAGAACGGAAGAGCAGCAGGCCAUUUGGCGGAAGGAUUCGCCCUCGAGAUCGCGAUACACGGAGAAAUCCCCCCAGGAGCAACAAAAGUCCAGUAACAUUCACAAGUGUGCACGUGUUUGAGCCACCGACCAGUUCGUCGUCAGAAGAGUCAGUGACCAGGGUGAUGGAACUGGCAAAGCGGCAUCAGCAUCGUCAAGAGGAGGAACCAGAACGUGUGAUUCUGUUUACCAGGCCUGAUAUCUCGGACACUUCGGUGAGAUCAGACGACAUAGAGACGAUCUACCUGCCCGAAGAAGACAUCCCGGCCUACCGACCACCCGCUCCAUUCCCUCCCCGUCCAUUUUGUCCUAGUCUGUCUGAUGACGACGAGGACAGAGACGACGAUUUUGUUGACGAACCUAUCAUUGAGGCCCAUGCCGCCACCAGGUUUGGAUUUGAUGCCAGCAAUGUCCGGUUGUAUGCUAAACCCUUAGACAGUGAGCCAGAGGAGGAGGAGGAGGAGAAGGAAGGGGACAGCGAUAAUAUUGCUUUGAUGCGUGGAGUCCGAGUGAUAGCCCUCCAUCCGUACAGCGCGCGCACGACGGAUCAACUAUCCUUCAAACAAAAUCAAGUAAUCAAGCAGAAGUUUGGUGCAAACGACGAAGGUUUUGCAUAUGGCUGGACAAAGGAAACAAAGCUGAGUCAGAAACAGCAUGGCUAUUACCCACAGGCAUUGGUCAAACUGAUGGUCCCACAGCCGGGGCGGUCGAACAAACGGUCUGAGAAGGGGAGCUAAGGUCAAACUAUAUACUUAUAUGGAGUGACUGGAACACCACAACAUCUGCAUUUAGUCUUUUUAUCGAUCUUGUAAUGAUUAACCAUCAAAAUGUGUAUUAAAGAUUGUAAUAAAACGUGAAACUAUA